CAUACACUCCAGUCUGAGGGGUGACUUUCUUCAAGUCUGCAACCCUCAUCGUCUCUCUCUCUAUCUCUCUCUAUCUCUCCUGACAAUGGCGAAUCUCUGCAUCACUUCUCUCAUCUUUCUCUCAUUUCUCCCAAUCAUCUGCCUUUCCUUCUCUCCCGAAAACCCUACCGAUCGGCGCAUCCUAGUCUUGCUCGACGACUUUGCUCUCAAGUCCUCGCACUCGAUCUUCUUCAAAGCUCUUCAGAAUCGCGGAUUCGAGCUCGAUUUCAAGCUCGCCGACGAUCGGCAGAUCAAUUUGCAGAGAUACGGCCAGUACAUGUACGAUGGACUCGUUCUGUUCGCGCCGAAUACUGAGCGUUUUGGAGGAUCGCUGGAUUUGGCUGAUGUGUUGGACUUUGUUGAUUCGGGUCAUGAUUUGAUUCUCUCGGCUGAUGUCAAUGCUUCUGAUUUGAACCGGAACAUUGCCGCUGAGUGUGGAGUUGAUUUUGAUGAGGAUCCCUCUGCCAUGGUUAUCGAUCACACUAACUAUGCUGUCUCUGACACCGAGGGAGAUCAUACAAUGAUUGCCUCGGAUGAUUUUGUUCAGUCUGAUGUGAUGUUGGGAAGUGCAAAAAUGGAGGCCCCUGUACUUUUCAAAGGGAUUGGCCAUUCAUUAAAUUCUGCCAAUAACUUGGCUAUGAAAGUUCUUGGAGCCUCUCCUUCUGCAUAUUCUGCUAAUCCAAAAUCCAAGUUGUCAAAUCCUCCGUCCCUUACCGGAUCUGCUAUAUCAUUGGUUUCAGUUGUGCAGGCUAGAAAUAAUGCACGGAUUAUGAUCGCUGGCUCUUUAGAUAUGUUCAGUAAUCGAUUGUUCAAAUCAGGUGUGCAGAAGGCUGGGAGCUCAAAUAAGUACGAAAAAUCGGGUAAUGAGCAGUUUGUGACUGAACUUAGCAAAUGGGUCUUCCAUGAAAGGGGUCAUCUGAAGGCUGUUAAUGUCAGACAUCACAAAGUUGGGGAAACAGAUGAGCCUGCAAUUUAUAGGAUUAAUGAUGACCUGGAAUACUCUGUUGAGAUUUUUGAGUGGUCUGGAACAAAUUGGGAACCAUACGUGUCUAAUGAUGUUCAAGUGCAGUUCUACAUGAUGAGCCCUUAUGUGUUGAAAACCUUAUCAACCAAUCAAAAUGGGCUGUACUAUACUUCGUUUAAGGUGCCAGAUGUCUAUGGGGUUUUCCAGUUCAAGGUUGAGUAUCACAGGCUUGGAUACACUAGCUUAUCUCUUGCAAAACAGAUUCCAGUACGGCCCUUCAGACACAACGAAUAUGAAAGAUUUAUAACGACUGCUUUCCCUUAUUAUGGAGCUUCAUUUUCUACGAUGGCCGGGUUUUUCAUCUUCAGCUUCAUAUACCUAUACAGCAAGUAAAACCUUCCAUUUGGAGAGAGUACUUCACUGACGUUGAGGUAGUUAGGCUUGUUUUGUCGUUAUUUUUGGAAACAAAAGGGAGGGAUUUAGACAGUUUUCCCCUCCAGAAAUGUUGCUUACGAUAGAUGCAGUCGGUCAGGUCAAAAUUUAACUGUACCAGUUGUUAUCUGUAGAUCUUUCAUAUGCCCUGCAUGAAUCAGAAUUUUUUUUUCAUAUGAAUUGCUGGUUGUUCA